AUGCCGAGUCCCCCACGGCAACUUCCCAUCCGCCUGCACCACAUCCUCGCGCAGCAGACCCCCACCGCAGCCUCUCGCCCCGCGAUGGCGUCUCGCGAGCCCCCGCGCCGGACGACAACAGCGUCAGGCGUACGGCGCAACCUCUUCCAGCACACUGCAAGCAGACGACCAGCAACAACGGCCAGCUCCACCUCAGGCACGUCGGUGACAACGCUCCAGGUUGCGCCUGAAGAGACGAAUGCGGAUAUUGCAGUUAGGGACGAGCAUGGGAAUUAUCAGCUUGAGCAGCCGGCUAUGACGCCGAUGGGGAGGGAUGAGGGGCGGGAUGAGCGAGAAGUAGAUCACCGCUUGAUUGAGGCGUAUCGGAAGCGUCAGCAGCAUAUCGAGCCACACGAGCUGAAAGCGACACUGCAGGCUAGCUUGCUAGCAAAAGUGGCUUCGCUAGACGAUGACAAGUGGAUGUUUGAGGCAGAAGGCCCUAUGUCGUCUUAA